AUGAAGCGCAAAUUUAUGAUGCUGUCAUUGUUGAUUUCUGGGCCUCGACAACCAGGAAAUGAUAUAGAUGUGUACUUAGCUCCUCUGAUUGAAGAUCUGAAGAUUUUGUGGGAGACAGGUGUGGAAGUUUAUGAUGGGAUACAGUAUCAAAGGACAGAUGCAUGUCCAGUAUGUGAGGAGCACACAUGUUCAGUGCGGUUGGAACAUUGUAGGAAGAAUGUCUUUAUUGGUCAUCGACGAUUUUUGCCGCAAACACAUCAUUACCGACGACUAAAGAAGGCCUUUAAUGGCCACCCGGAGAAGGGUAGAGUUCCCAUGCCAUUAACUGGUGAGCAGCUUUUUGAAAAGGCAAUUUGUAGCAAGGUGAUUGACCCAGAAAAAUUGCCAAAGCUAGAACAUGAAAUAGCUAAGAUUUUAAGCGAGCUGGAAAUUCGGCCUGAGGGGUGUAUUGUUGAGAGGUACAUCAUGGAAGAAGCAGUUGAAUUAUGUACUGGAUAUCUCUCUAAUGUGGAUGCCAUUGGGUUGCCAAAGUACACAAAAGACACCACAGGUGAACAGGGUGGAAUCAUUGGGAAGAAACUCAUUAGCAUAGACAAGACACAAUGGGAGCAAGUUCACUUAUAUAUGGCUACCCCACCUGAGAACAGUGGUGAUGCUCCACCCACUGAAGAAGAAGCAUUCAAGGAGGUUAAACGGGGUAAAACUGUUAUGAAAGCAGUAAUACGGGCUCGAGCAGCUGGUUGUAAAUUACCAGUAAAUUGGAAUGAUAGGGGCCAAUUGGUUAAGUCUCCUCAGUUGGCCAGUUACAUAGGGGUCUUAGCUCGUCAUUAUGUUCCCUGUUGCAUUGCAGACUGGAGAAAGAAAAAUGACCCACAGCUUGAAGAAGCAAAAAAUAAUAUAUGGGAAGAUUUGUGUAUAUCUUUUGACCUGGAUGAGAGUCAUAGGCAUUAUAUCAUGAGAAAAGCAGCAUAUGCUCAUAGAAAGUUUCGAGCUACCCUCACAACAUAUCAUCUAAAAGAUGCAAAUGAAGAAUUCAAUCCUCAUCCUCCUAAAAUGUAUCCAGAGAUCCAGCAAGAGCAUUGGGAUGAAUUUAUUAAAAUGCGCCAACAGCCUGAAUUUCAACAGAUCAGCCAGGUCAAUCGCUCUAGAGCCGCAAGUACUCCUUUUCAAUAUAGAGCAGGAAGAAAGAGCUAUCCAGAUAUUGAACAUAGUUUGAGGGAAGAAGUUGGACCUAAUGCUCCAAUUUCUCGAGCUCUUGUUUGGAAGACUGCUCGAGAAGAUAAAGAAGGAAAAUUACCUGAUGAACGCACUCGAAAAGUCUGGGAGGAUUGUGAAGCAUUAUCACAAUCAAUAUCACAAGAUGAUGUGGGGGAGCAUGUGGAUGUCCUUGGUAGGGCAUUGGGAGCUCCAGAGGUCUCUGGUCGUGUUAGAGGAGUUGGAUUUGGUAUUUCUCAGGGCACCUACUUUGGACGUCGGUCUAAAAUUUUUACUGAAGAUGAUUUUAAUGCAAGGAUGGCAGAAAUGGAGGCGAGAAUGGAAAAAAAAUUUCAAGCUCAAAUGGAAAAGAGAUUUGAGCAAAUGAUUGGAGUUAUAAAUAUGCCACAAGGUAGCCCCAGUGAUAAAGAUAGUUGCUCCUUCCAUACUAAAGAAGACUUUCCUAAGGGCGAGUCUCAAUGUCAAUUAUGGUUAGAAUCACCACAUUGUCGUGUUGUGGCAAUCGGAUCUGUGUAUAAUGAUAAUAGUGUUACUAUACACUCCAGACCAUUGCUUGCUGAUCACUUAAAGGUGACUAUAACUAUUCCAAUAGAAAAUGAUGCUGAGUUGCCAGUGCAAAUAGAAGAUGAGGAUAUAUUCACGAUUUUUGAUGCCGUUGGAACUUAUGUGGCUUGGCCUUCAAAGCUCAUUAAGUUACAGUCCUCAAAAUUUAAAGAAGUUGUAAAAAAGCCAAUCAAAGCGAAAGAAAAGCCAUCGAAAGGAUCUACCUCUGUGACUAAGGCAAGGAAGACCAGCACAGAAUCUACUCAGUUGAAAUAUCCUCAUCAAAAUGCACUUGAAAUGAUUAUGCGGACAACAUUGAAAAAUGAGAUUCGUGAAGUAGAAUUUGAAAAGGAGAUUUAUGGUGAAAUAAUUAGCGAAAAAUUAGCAGCUGAAAAUAUUAACGAGAUUCUGACCAAGGAUUGGCUACAAACAACACAAAUUAGUUUAUACAUCAGCCCGCACAACACUAGUACCUACAGUGUUGAGUACCAUUCUCAAAAGAUUACUGAUGCAUUCAAAGUCAAAGGCAAAAGAAACAUGUUAUUUUUAGCUCCUCACAAUCCAGGGCAACAUUGGGUGCUUGUUUGUAUCAAUCCAUUCGUCCCUGUGAUUUAUUAUCUUGAUUCAUUAAGAGAUAGUGACUUUAAGAACUACAAAUCUAUGAGGAUAUUAUUUAAUCAGGCUGUAGCACGUUAUCGAGGAGGUGAAGGUCUCCCUCCAAACACCGAAAGACCUGAUCCUCCACCUAACCCUUUUGGUGAUGAAGAUGUUCUUGUUUGA